GGAAGGCGUCCCUCACAGAGCUGGAAGCGCCUCAAAUGCCAUCUAUUUGUGGCCUGGACCCUGAGGGCUGGCAGGAGACAUGUGACCUCAGGGAUGGAGUAUUUUUGGUCGUGGGGGUGGGGCCUGCGUGGUGAGCCCAGCACCAUGCUGCUCUGGGACAGGCAGCUCAGACGCCCAGCUCCACUGCCCUGGCUGGCCACAGGGGCCCAGGUAUGACAUCGUUGGUUUCUCAACCCCCCCCCCCCCAGAAGUCCUAAAGUCAGACAGCCCCAGAGGGGCUUCCCCAAGGGCCGGCAAGGAGGGUAAAUUUCAGAGGUCAGGAAGCCACAGUGCUCUGGUCUCAAGGCAUCUUCAUCUCAACUCUGGCCUGGCCAGAGGGACCUCCCACCUCCCUGGGUGUGGUGGUAACUGACCAAAGGCCAAAGAGCACUUCCUGUAGGAGGCUGAGACAUUAGGGGCUCUCCAGAAGUUAGGGUCACCUUUGUUCCCUGAGCUGAGGCAGAAGGAGGGAGCUCUGCCAACUGGGCAGGUCUAGGUCAGGGGCACAGGCUUUGAGGAUGGCCCUAAUGGUCCACUGGGACUUAGGAGGCUCGUUUCUGUUCUGAGACCUCUUGGCUAGGCAGGGGGCAGAACCGGGCGCUCCCUGAUGACCCUGGGUGGGCUCUGGCCAGCACUAGUGUGACCUUGAUGAUCUCAGUGGAUGCCCAGAAGCCUGUCCCAGCCAAGGCUGGUGGAAGGUCAUCACCAGAGACUGGUCACCUGAUGGACACUGUGGCCCCUCCUCCAUGGCCAGCUGCCACCUGAGGCAUCCUGGGACAGACCAGGGCUGACCAUCAUUCAGGUGAGUGACCAGUGCUGAGACUCCCAGUGAGUGACCCUUGAAGUGGGCUUAGCUGUGUGAAGUUUACUUUGGUCCCUGCAACUCCCGAGGAAGUUUGAAGAAGCGGAGCUGACCCGGUGGGAUAGAAAAUGCUCAAAGACCACUUCUGCAGACAAAAAUUCACCCACAAGGAAUCCUAUGUUCUCAGUGUACUUCACUAAUCUAAGCCUUCUGUGAUUCUGGAAUGUAAUGAUACAUCGCCACAAGGUUAUCCCGGGGGGAUUCCCUGUUUUGCUUUCCUUCAGAACGCAGAUGGAGUGCUGGGCCCUAAGCCAAGGAGGUAGGGGCCCCCCACGAGUGUAUGCUGGUCGGUGCCUGGGACCUGCAUCCACGAAGACCCCGCCUGGCCUGGUGCUCUGCUGAUCUGAGAUGGAAAACUUCCAGUACAGCAUUCAGCUGAGUGACCAGGAUUGGGCUGAGUUUUCAGCCACAGCUGAGGAGUGUGGCCUCCUCCAGGCCAGCUUGGCAUCUGGGGAUGAACUCUUGUCCAGUGACAUUGACCAAGGGGACAGGAGUGGCAGCAGUCCCCUUGGGCCUCCACCCCUUCUCGAAGGACAGCCGGGCUCUCAGGGGAGGGGCUGGCCCAGCUUCAAGAAGGAGGACAAGGCAGCCACCCGGCCACUGGUCAGCAGGUCUUGGCAUGAACCUGGCUUGGCCCUGGGGGCCGAUCAGCAGAUGCCCAGCACGUCCACACUGUCAGAAGCUUUGCUGUCCCUCGGAUCUGAUGCCGCCCCUCCAGGCCAGAGCUCGUCCCUUCUAGGGCCAGUGUCUUCCAGAGACAAGAUGCAGAAGCUUCUGCAGGGGCCGGCCUCCCAGGGCCCUGCCCCUAGUCCCUCUGGCGAGCCUCCUCAGAGCUCUGAGUCUCCCGGCUGCAGCAGUGCUCCCCAGAAGCCCCCUGGUAGCCCAGGAGCCCUACCAUGCAGCCCGAGCCGAAAGAAGAGGCGCUCUGCUGGAGCCAAGGGAGGCAGGUGCUUGAGCACCCCAGACUCUGCUCCCACCCAGCUGGGUUCCCUGCUGCUUGCUGAUGUCAAGCCCAAGGAGGAUCUUGGCCUGGCUGGGUCCAGGGGGAAGGGUCUCUCGGCUGAGACAGCAGAGCAGACAGCAGGAACCGGGCAGGAUGAACUGGGUCCAGACUCUGCAGGAGCCCCUGCACAGGUGACCAGGCAAGGAACAGAUCUGGAUCUGUCUACACCUGUCCCUACGACCGAACAAGGUACAGACCUACUCAGAAUGACCCCUACAGCUAAGCUACAUACCAUGUCCACACCUCCCCAGGAGACUCAUGCAGAUAUCUCAAUGGCUAAGUCAGAUGUGGCUCUGUCUACACAUGCCUCCAAGCUUCAACCUGACACGCCUCUGUCUACACCUACCUCCAAAUCUAGACUGGACAUGGAUCUGCCUAUGCUAGGCCCAGUGGUUAAGCUGGAGGUGGAUUCAUCUACACUUGCUUCGCCUCACCUUGUUUCCAAGGCCCAACCUGAUGUGGGUGUGUCUACACCCACUCCCAUUCCCCAGGCUGGGCCAGACGAGGUGAAAGUGGAGGUUGCCCCAAUGGCCAAGUUGUGUUUGAGCCCUGUUGUGUCUCCAGGAGGACCCCAAGAGAAGCCCAGAGAGGAGGAGGCUUCAGCAGGUACCCCUGGAUAUCACUCAGGGGAGCCCCCACUAGGCCCUGUCCAAGCACCCAAGAAGAAGAAAGUACGAUUUUCCAUGGCUGUGCCCAGUCCUGAGGAGCCAGGUUCAGGGGACACCUCACCACCUUCACCAGCCACAGCCCAGCCCUCAUCCCCCAGGACCACAGUGGGGGCCCGAGGGGGGCCUGGAGCCUGGGACGCCAUGGCUGUGGGGCCCCGGUCUCCGCAGCCUCGGAUCCUCAAACACCUGCCUCCCCCUUCGCCCUCUGCUUCAGUGGGGUCCAGGCCCAGGAACAGCUUUGCAGUGACCCUCCCGGAAGCCUAUGAGUUCUUGUUCUGUGACACUAUUGAGGAGGAGGAUGAACAGGCUGAGGAGGAGGCAGAAGCUGGCCAGGCCUUGGCUGAAGUACAGUGGCCAGACACGUGUGAGUUCUUCUUCCAGGACUGCCAAGCCCAGAGAUCCGGGCCCCAGGGGAGCCACUCUGUGGCCCAGCCCCCACCAGCAGAGCCUGUGCCUGCCCCUCCCCCUGGAGACCCUGUGCCCAUCUCCAUCCCCGAGGCCUACGAACACUUCCUUGGAGAGGACUCUUCAGGGGGCCGGCUGGAGCUGGCUGCCUUUCUCCAGCGGCCGGCCACCGAGCACGCCAGCUUGGUCCCCUGGGGAGUGGGGCCUGGCACCCUACCAGAGCCCAGCCCAGCCACAGCAGAGCAGCUCAGUCUGGCAGUCAAGCAAGCAGGGGAACCCCGAGAUCUUCUCACCUCAUUCACCUUCAGCCAGAAUGACAUGUGCUUGGUGUUUGUAGCCUUUGCUACCUGGGCUGUGAGAACAUCAGAUCUCCACACCCCAGAUGCCUGGAAAACAGUCUUGUUGGCCAACAUCGGUACCAUCUCUGCUAUCCACUACUUCCGCCGGCAGGUGGGGCAGGUUCGCCGCAGCCGCAGCCGCAGCCGCAGCCGCAGCCCCAGCCCCAGCUCUUAGAACAUAGUAGGCUCCGUCCAGGAAAACACAGGACAAAGAAAUGGCCACAGGUGCUGAGGACGAGAUGCUGCCCUCAGGUCUUGCCCUUUGACCCCUGUGUUCUAUGGCAUCUAGGAAGGAGCCAGUGUCCUUGGUCCUGCUCCCUUGGAUUCCACCCAAAGUUCUAGCCAGAAGCUAAGGUGAAGGCUAUGCUCCACAUGUGGAAGGAAGGAGAUUCCCAAAGGCUGGGUGGGUAGGUGCUAAGCAAGGAGCUGGUCAGUAAAGUGUCCAGAUUAGCUAAUAAAAACAUAGGGUGCCAAUGAAACUAGAAUUUCAAACAUGCAGUAUUUGAGAUGUAUUUGUACUAAAUUAUGUGUGGUUUAUCUGAAAUCAAACUUAACUGGGUGCCCUAAAUUUUAUUGGGUCAUUUAGUUAGGGGGCAGAGGCAGGAUAGGGCGUUGGAACUAGAAGGUAUCAGAGAAGCAGCAAGGCCAGCUGGAAAUCUGGGCAGGGGACAAGAGUGAGGAGACUGAAUGGCCUUCGGGCUUGGAGGGGGGUGUCCCAGGGACUCUGCCCUGUUGACAAAUGGGCUGGGGUAGUGAAAGCCUCUAAGGCCUCCUUGGCUCCUGCCUAAGACAGUGAACAGGUAGGGUGGCCCCAGUGGCCCCUGCAGGGUGGGGGUCUAUAGGGCAGAAGCUGGAGCCCCUCCUCUGGGGAACCCCAGAUGAGGUGCAGCAACAGAAAUAUGGUGGUAUCAGAUAAAGGGAUUGGACAUUUGGGAUUGUCCCAGGGCUUUGAGGAGAUGGGGCAAGAAGGUGGGUGGGAGGAUGGUGGUAGCAGAGCAGUGGAGGCCACCAGGCUGGGUGCCGGGUGAGCAUGUGUACAGGGCCCCCAGGAUGGGGGACGCCUGACUGCUGAGAGGAAAAUGCAUGGACACACAGCACAAAUAAAAUCUUCUCUUUCUUUCUUG